UUUUUUGUUGAAAAAUUUCCCAUAAAAAAAAAAAAAUUCAGCGCAUGUUAACCGAUUUUUUUAACUAAAUAAAAAAAACACCGUUAUGAGCUCGAAAUUCAAAUGGAUUUUCGUUGCAGCGGUAUUUUUCAAAUAUUGCAGCGGAGAAAUCAAAGAAACAGAUCAGUUAUGUAAAUACAGUUUGGACACAUGCUUGAAAAAUGUUUCUGUCGUUUUAAAUAAUACCGAACUGAACGGCAUCCCUAAAUCAAAGACCGACGUGGACAUAGUUUGCAAAGGGUUUAAAAUAGGUAUGAAGUGCCUGGAUGAUUAUUCGAAACUUUGUUUAACAGAAGACCAGAAGAAAACGGUCAGCGAUCACAUAAUUGGCGCCAAAUAUACAUUCAGAUUUUUAUGUGAUGAUCAAAAAUUUCAAAAAGACUAUUUAAAGUACACGGACUGCUAUAGAGUAAUAAAUACAGACUGGGACGAUUGCACUAACCGGUUUAUGUCGCUGGUUCGAGAAGCAAUGAAUAGCAACUUGACAGAAGACAUCAAAGUAUUAGAUCUGUGCUGUGCCAAACAUGGAUUUCUUAAUUGCGUAUACACUACUAGCAAGAUUAAAUGUGGCAUCGAAGAGGCAGUUUUUAUACAAAAAAUCGCCGACACUUUAUCAGAUAAUCAAUUAGUGUCGCCAAUUUGCCGCCAUAUCACGCUAAGUCAUUGCAACAAUACUCAAAAUGUAAAAUACAACAUGUUUAUCGUAACAUUAAGUUUUUUAAUAAUUAUUUGGAAUAAUAAAACAUAAUUUUAUCGUAUGAUAAUAAAUAACAUUUAUAUAUAUAUAUUGUACAUAAAAUACAUUUUCAAUGCCAUAAUUAAUGAGAUCAUUAAUAACGGUAAACUAUAAAAGUCAUAAUGUACACAAAUAUAUUGUAUUUACAAAAAUAAUAGAUA